AUGGGCACCCGUGAAGAUGUUCCUUCAGCCGAGGUCCUGGCUCCAGUGGCUGUGUACUGUGGGAGUGUCCCUCGGACCAGUGUUGGCCUCAGAGUGCCCCUACCUGGAAGCUCCAACUCUAGUCUGCCAGAUUCUGAUGAAGCCUCUCUACAGCCCAUGCCAAGUGUCUUGCUGAGCAAUGAGAAGCCAUCACAGCUUUUGAGUGGAGAUGUGGACCAGGAUAGGCUCAAACUUGAUGUUCCUUUGAAGGGUUGGCAGGCCAGGAAUGGCUACCCCAGGAACUUCAGAGCUUUGGCCCUGGGGCCCCACCCCCUGGCUGCCAGUCCCUUGCUGGAAUCAGAGGCCAGCAGUGUGGCCCGGGAUACUAUCCAGAUCAAGGACAAACUCAAGAAGAGGCGGCUCUCAGAAGGCGUGGCGGCAUCUUCUCAAGCCUCUCUGGAUCCUGGGGGAGGCCCCAAAGGAGUUCCUCUGAGGAGCACCAUUCCCCGUACCACUUCGCAGAGGCUGCUGAGGGUACCCAGGCCGAUGCCUCCCAUCCAGAGCAUCCCUACCACCCCUGAGGCCAACAGUGCCAAGGAGAAGGACCUGGACCCUCCUGGGAGCAGGCAGGAUUCCCAGGACUCGAGAGCUGGUGCCCAGGAGGUGCAGAUUUCCCGGCAAUACCUGCACUGCAAUGAUGAGGAGAUGCACAAGUCUCUGGGAGGCAUCGUGAUCCCACCCAUCCCGAAGGCCCGGGUGCCUACAGAGACCACGUCCUGUAGGCCUGGCUCCCUGUCCAGUCCCUUGGCUCCAGGCCAGGACAUCCUUAUUGGAUCCAGGGCCCCACCUACACGAUUGACUCGGGAGAGUGGGCCUCUGGAGAAGACCCCUGAAUCUCUGGAGCCAAAGCCUUUGGUCCCAGCAGUCAGAGCCAGGUCUGCUGCAGCCCCUGAGAAGUCCCUGGCUUCAUCACAGUCUGCCCCUACGCUGACAGCUUCCUUCUUCAGCCAUGCCAAAGAAGCCCACCCCUUGCUGAAAGAAGAGGACCAGAAGAGGACCAGCACCAAGAUCCAAGUCACCAUUUCCAAGUCUGCCCAGGAAAAGAUGCGACUGAAGCAGCUGAAGGAGAUGGAACUGCUUCGGAGGGCAAAGGAGGCAGAGGCGGAGCCAGAGCGAGAGCUGGCUUCCCAGGGCACUGAGCCUCAGAGAACCUUAGUGAAGGAAGGCCUCCUUCCACUUCGAGGCAGUGGAACCUUGUCUGUGCCCACUGGUUUGAGCAACCCACGCAGAAACAACGUUGGCGUCAUCCCGAGGAAGCGGGCUAACCGAGCCUCCCUGCCCAGCAUCCCCGUCAGCAAGCAGGAACCCAGCUUUGCCCGCCACGCAUCAGCUAACUCGUUACCUGCUGUGCUUACCUUGGGCUCUCCUGAGUGGGAGGAAGAGGAAGAGGAGAUGGAUCUGAGAGCCUUCAGGGAGUUGAGGCCCUUCUCCAACCCAGAGGUGGGGUUGACAGAUGCCCUCCAGUGCCUCAACAGAAAUGACUGGCAGAUGAAGGAGAAGGGCCUGGUGAGCAUCCAGCGCCUGGCAGCUUGUCACUCGGAGGUCCUUGGUGCGAGGCUGCAUGAUGUGUCCUUGGCAGUAACCGUGGAGGUCACUAAUCUCCGCUCUAAGGUGUCCCGCCUGGCCAUCAGUACUCUGGGAGACCUUUUCCGGUCCUUAAAGAAGAACAUGGACCAGGAGGCUGAAGAGAUCACCCGCUGCCUUCUUCAGAAGAUGGGGAACACCAGCGAGUUCAUUCAGCGUGCAGCCAACAGGGCCCUGGGUGCCAUGGUGGAAAACGUCACCCCUGCUCGUGCCCUGGGGGCCCUCACCUCUGCGGGUGUCUACCAUCGGAACCCCUUAGUCCGGAAAUGCACUGCCAAGCAUCUUUCUGCUGUCCUGGAGCAGAUUGGAGCUGAGAAACUUCUUUCAGGAACCAGGGACAACACAGACAUGCUGGUGCACAACCUGGUGAGGUUGGCCCAGGACUCUAACCAGGACACGAGAUUUUAUGGCCGGAAGAUGGUGAAUAUCUUGAUGACCAAUGCAAAAUUUGAUGCAUUUCUGAAGCAGUCCCUCCCGUCUCAUGACCUGCGGAAAGUCAUGGCGGCCAUUAGACAGAGGGGAAUACAAGAUAAUCAUGAACUUCCAUCUGCCAAAGGCCACAAGGUGUUGAAGAGUCUGGUGGUGUGUGAGAAUGGGCUGCCAAGUGAUGAGGGGUUUGGCUGCAAUGGCCCACGACUGACGGGGCUGCGCUCCUCCGUGCGGGGUGAUAUGGAAAUGGUGGAGCAGCUGCGGGAGCUGAUAAGGUUGCUGGAGGCCAAGGAGUUCCAGUCCCGGAUGGAAGGUGUGGGGCGGCUCCUUGAGUACUGUAAAGUUAAACCAGAGCUCAUCGCUGCCAACCUGGUCCAGGUCUUUGAUGCCUUCACCCCAAGGCUUCAAGAUUCCAACAAGAAAGUGAACCAGUGGGCGCUGGAAUCCCUCGCACAGAUGUUCCCCAUCCUCCAAGAGAGUGUACACCCCAUGCUGCUCUCUCUCAUCAUCAUGGUUGCAGACAACCUCAACUCUAAGAACUCUGGGAUUUCUACUGCUGCCUCCACUGUGCUGGAUGCGAUGAUGGAGAGCCUGGACCACCUUUGCCUCUUGCAAGCAUUUGCUGGUCGUGUGCGUUUCCUGAGUGGCCCUGCAGUGUUGGAUGUCACAGAACGCCUAUCAGUGCUGGUGGCCUCAGUGUACCCCCGGAAGCCCCAAACUGUGGAACGGCAUGCCCUUCCUGUCCUCUGGUACUUCCUGAACAACAUGACUGGGAACGGUGUUCUGCCUGGGCGUGGCGGGAAUGUGCGCACUGUGGUGUGCCAGCUGGCCAGGAGCCUCCAGGGGCAAAUGGGGUCCCGCCUGCAGGACUUUGCUGCUAGCCAACCAAAGCAAGUCCUCAAGAUGCUCCAGGAACUUCUAGAUUCUGAAUCCCUGGGGGGCAGCCAGAAAGUCACCAGUGGAGGGAUGCGCCAGAACAGCAAGAUGACUGGCAACUUAUGUCCUGUUCUGCUGGAUUAA